AUGGCGCAGCGGGCUCACCUCCUCGUGCAGCCUCUUGUGCGCCGGUCCGUUCCGGCGGCGCCGCGCGCCCUCGGCAUCCGCGCCCUCUCGACGGAAACUGCUCCUUCCUCCGCCGGACCCGACUUCAGCGGCACGCGUGUGCAGGACGGCGAAGGCUCGACCCAGCCUCGCACGAACCGUAACCGGGCGCCGCCAUCCGAGCUGCCAAAGCUGCUGCGCCAGCUCGCCAAGUUCAAGGCGGAGGGACAGAAGCCGUCCGCGCGAGCGUAUAUGGAGAUUCUCAGCGCGGCGAAGCAGUACGGAAAGGACCGCCGUGGCAACGAUCUCGCGAUUGAGAUCACGAAGGCGGCGCUGCGGGAUGCGGAGGCGGGCAAGAUCGAUCUCGGCGCCGGAGCGUUCGAGGAGUUGCUGUGGAUUGCUGUCGACUACCCGGAAAUCCUCCCCUCGGUGCUCCACUACAUGGAGAAGCGCGGGUACACGCCGACGACGGGCGGCCUGCACGCGCUCUCGCGAGCCGCGGGCAGCUCGUUCGAGCAGCAGCUUCUCCUCGUCGGCGAGACGAUGCAGGGCAACCAGUUCCCCGGCCGCCAUGUGCUGAACCAGCUGAUCUACUUUGCGUGCAUGUGGGGCCAGCCGCGGCUCGCCCUGCAGUUCGCCCAGCGCGCCGAGUCCAUGCACUCUGGCCUGAACCUCCCGACCCAGAACUGGGUGCAGAUCCUGACCGCCUCGGCGGACGCGCAGUACCUCGAGGGUGUGGAGGCGGCCUGGAAUCGCGUCGUCGAGAACCACGCCUACGCUCCCGACGAGGGACUGCUGCUCGCCAUCCUCGCCGUGGCCGGUCGCGAGGGCCGCACCGACAUUGCGACCGCCGCCCUCGGCGAGCUCGCAAACAUCAAGGUCAAGCCGCAGGAGCACCACUUUGCGCCAGUCCUCGAGGCUAUGUGCAACGAGGGCCGUGUGCCCGAGGCCCUCCGCCUUCCGGGCAAGAUGCGCGCUGCGGGCGUCGUGCCCCUGCUCCGCACUGUCCAGCCGCUGGUCAAGGUGCUCGACUCUGAGCACGUCGUCGACCAGGCCUUCUACGAGCUCGAGGACAUGGCCCAGAACAACGAGCCCGUGGACGUUGCGGCGCUGAACGCCGUGAUCGCCGCGUCGGUGAACAUUGGCGACCUGCAGCGUGCGCGCGCCACGCAGCUCGCCGCCGAGUCGCUCGGCGUCAAGCCCGACGUGGACACGUUCAACCUCGUGAUCCGUGCCUGCGAGAAGGCCGGCCACCGCGUGCUGGGCGACACAGUGCUGAACGAGCUGACGUCGGCCGGCCUCAAGCCCAACGCCGAGACGUACGAGGCGCUGAUCCACCUCUGCCUGACGCAGGUGCCGUUCGAGGACGCCUUCUUCUUCCUCGAGAAGAUGAAGGCGCAGGGCGUCACGCCCCCGCGCAGCGUCUACCUCGAGCUCGCGUUCAAGUGCGUCCGUACGGACGACAAGCGCUGGCGCCUCGUCGUCGAGGAGGCCCAGAGCCUCGGCUACAACAUGCCCCCGUCCCUCGACCGGCUGGCGCAGCAGCGCGAGCAGGGCGUCCAGGCCCGCAACAGGUCGUUCCGCCCCCGCAACAAUGGACCGAGGGGGGAGGACGGACAGCGCACCUUUGGCCGCGACUAUGCCAGCCGCAGGCGCGAUGCGCCUAACGCUGAGGGCGAGGGCGAGAAGACGGGAGGUGACCGCCGCAAGCCCCGCCAGCCCCGCGAGCAGGAUGCCGAGUAG